AUGGCCUCUCGUCGGGGCGUUGGGCUCGGCGCCUUCGCGAACCGUACCCAAGCCACGCAAUCUUAUGCCAACCAUGGCGCAAAUCUACGGUCUACACACACUUCCUCGCUGCAGACCCAGCUCUCCGUAUUCCAGACCCUCCUUCACAACUUCGCGCUAGAACAUAGCUCAACAAUCAAAUCAAAUCCUACCUUCCGCGCGGAGUUUGCUCGUAUGUGCAAUGCCAUCGGCGUCGACCCGCUCGCAGCUAGCAACGUCAAAGGCAAGAACGGACGCAAGGCCUUGGGUGACGGCUCCAGCUUUUGGACACAGAUUAUGGGCGGUGACAUGAAUGACUUCUAUUUUGAGGUUGCUGUUCGGGUUGUCGAGCUUUGCCGCGAGACUCGAAGGGAGAACGGGGGCUUGAUUGGUGUCGAGGAGUGCCGGAAGCGUGUCGGGAAAGGUAGGGCGAUAGGCAGUGGACUUGAGGUUACUGACGACGACAUUCUCCGUGCAGUCAAGGCACUCGAGCCGCUGGGGUCUGGCUUCUCUACCAUCCUCGUCGGCAGCAAACAAUAUAUCCGUUCAAUUCCGAAAGAGCUGAAUACAGACCAAGCGACUGUGCUCGAGGUCAUACAGGUCUUAGGCUACGUCAGCGUUUCAAUGCUUCAAAUCAAUCUAAACUGGGAAAAGGCUCGCGCAAAAACCGUUAUGGAUGAUCUUCUAGCAGAUGGUCUUGUUUGGGUGGAUCUCCAGUCCGCGGAGGAGGAAUACUGGUCACCCCAGAACCUCGUUUCGGACGGCGACGCUGGCUGA